AUGGAAAGAUCCCGGUUAUAUAAAAACAAAGAUAAGGAUGCUGAGGAACUCCGGAGGCGUCGUACUGAUCAGUCUGUUGAACUUCGCAAAGCUAAGAAGGAUGAACAACUUCAGAAGCGAAGAAACAUACUACUGACUGAAUUAGAUGAAACCUCACCCUUGAAAGAAAAGCAAGUUGACACUCCUGAACACGUUAACUACGAUGCGGUUAUCCGUGAUAUGCAGUCAAAUGAUCGGGUCAUUCGAUUCAAAGCAGUUCAACUCUGCAGAAAAACUUUAUCACGCGCAAAAAACCCUCCAAUAGACGAGUUUUAUAAGAGAGGAGCUGUCGAGAUUCUUGGUUCAUCUCUUAGUUCCACUCACGAUGAUCUUGUUUUCGAGGCUGCAUGGGCACUAACAAACAUUGCUUCCGGUGACAGUUCUCAUACAGCAGCCGUAGUUUCCUCUGGAACUGUACCAAAACUGGUACGAUUGUUGAGUCAUUCUGCUAUCAGUAUAGCUGAGCAAAGUGUAUGGGCUUUAAGUAAUAUUGCCGGAGAUGGAUCCAAAUUCCGUGAUAUAGUUAUCGAGAGCGGAGUUGUUGAACCAGUUUUAAAACUUUUAGACCGAGUUUGGAAGCAGCCCACCGUAGUAUCGAAUGUUGCCUGGAUGUUAUCUAAUCUUUGUCGAAACCGAGAUCCUUCUCCUCCACGUGCCGUCAUUAAAAAGCUCCUGCCUGUUCUCAAUCGACUUCUUCAGUAUGAGGGUAAUAAGAAUGUUGUUGUAGAUACUGCAUGGGCUCUUUCAUACGCAAGUGAUGCUGUAAAUGAAUUUAUCGAUGAUAUAAUAGAAAGUGGAUGUGUCCCGUUACUUUUGCGGCUGUUGGCAUCAUCAUCGGCGAAUCUCAUUUCUCCUGCUCUCAGAGCCAUUGGUAAUCUCGUCAUUGGUACUGAUGAACAAACACAAGCUAUUCUGGAUGCUGGUUUGCUAACUUAUAUCCCUGCCUUGUUAAACAAUGAAAAGUCUACUGUAGUCAAAGAAGCCUGUUGGGUGGUGAGUAACAUUACCGCCGGAAGUGUAGAUCAAAUUGAUAUGGUUAUAAGCCACAACGUCAUGCCAUGCAUUUUGGAAAUUCUUUAUAAGGGUGAAUUCAGAACUCAAAAAGAAGCCUGCUGGGUUAUCAGUAAUUAUAUUAGCGGUGGGACUCCGGCACAGUGUGCAUAUUUGUUGAACCAAAAUGUUUUGAAAGCUCUAUGCAAUAUGCUCACGGUCUCGGAGUCGAAAGUUGUACUUAUGGUUUUAGAAGGAAUAAAAAAACUCCUAGAGAUUUCUGAUCAGUAUGGUCAGCUAGAACCAGCUUGUAUCGAGUUAGAAACAUGUGGAGGCUUGGAUAAGUUGGAAGGACUGCAAGACCAUAGUAAUGUUCAAGUCUAUCAAAUUGCUUACGACUUAAUUGAAAAGUACUUCAAUGAUGCGGAUGAUGAAAACGAAAGCAAAGUCGUGGCUGGUGAUGGCAGAGAGAAUAAUGAAACUUUUCCCCAAAACUCAGAACAAGAAUUCCGGUUUAUUGCUCCCGACGGGGCUUCAGGACAAGGCGGUGACUUUCGAUUUUAA